AUGGAAAAUCUGACUUUAAAUUUGGACCUCCUUAUCCUGGCGGGGUUAAAGGUCACCCCCCAGUCGUCCACCCCCGCCUUCAUCCUCCUCCUCCUCGUCUACAUCAUCGUCAUGGUUUCCAACAUGGGCCUGGUGGUGCUGAUCUUCAGGAGCAGGAGCCUCCAUCAGCCCAUGUACCUGCUCUUCUGUAACCUCAUGAUUAACCAUGCAUUUGGAGCCACAGUAAUAAUCCCUCAUAUACUCAAAGAUAUUAUUAUCUCGCCGUCAAAGCGACACAUUUACUACAUAAACUGCGUGGCUCAGGCUUUUUGCGCCCACUUCCAUGGGACUGCAUCUUACACUGUGCUCACGAUCAUGGCCUUUGACCGAUACGUGGCCAUCUGUAACCCUCUACGCUACGCCUCCAUUAUGACCAACAGGAUGGUGGUGAAGCUGUCAGUGGCAGCGUGGGGGUCUGCUUUAGUGAUGGUGGCCAUCCUCCUGGGCCUCACCAUUCGCCUUUCACGCUGCAGGAGGACCCUCCCCAACCUGUUCUGUGAUAAUGCUUCCUUAUUCAGUCUUUCCUGUGAAAGUGUCCUCAUCAACAACAUCUAUGGUCUUACGUACACCAUCCUCCUGCUCGGCUCUUCCAUCGGCAGCAUCACACUCACCUACCUGAAAAUCGUGGCAGUGUGUAUGCGCAGGAAAAACAAAGCUCUGAACAGGAAAGCGCUGCAGACCUGUGCUUCCCACCUGGCUGCGUGCCUCCUCCUGCUGGUGAUGGCCUUCAUCAUUAUUAUCCUACACAGAUUCCCUCAUUUGUCCGACUACAGGAAGAUGGUGCCUAUUCUGGGACACGCUACUAUGCCGAUUGUGAAUGCAAUGACAUACGGCGUACAGAUAAAAGCAGUCAGACAGACCAUUAAGAAUGUUUUACAUAUCAAAUAA